GGGAAGUGACUCAAGCCAUCGAGCAUUUUUUCCUCAUCAAAUUCCACUGUUUUCUUGACUCCACAGCUAACCGAUGUCCUUAUCCUCUUACAUUGACUCAAGUUGGCAUCAAUGACUGUUCCCCUGCUGCUGAAAGGGAUUUGCCACACAUGAGUUCCGGACUUUCCGAUAUACAAGAUCAUAAUGCUGCACCUCUGCCAUGCCCUAGCCGUAGCAGUGAUCCAGAUCUUUCUCUUCUCAGAAAACUGGACGUUUGCCAAGAACAUCAACUUCUAUAAUGUGAGGCCUCCUCUUGACCCAACACCAUUUCCAAACAGCUUCAAGUGUUUUACCUGUGAAAAUGCAGGAGAUAAUUACAACUGCAAUCGAUGGGCAGAAGACAAAUGGUGUCCACAAAAUACACAGUACUGUUUGACAGUUCAUCACUUCACCAGUCAUGGAAGGAGUACAUCCAUCACCAAAAAGUGUGCCUCCAAGAGUGAAUGCCAUUUUGUUGGCUGCUACCACAGAGAUUGUGAACAUACAGAGUGUAGGUCUUGCUGUGAAGGAAUGAUCUGCAAUGUAGAAUUACCCACCAAUCACACGAAUGCAGUCUUCGCAGUAAUGCACGCUCAGAGGACAUCUAGCAGCAGCACCCACACGCUCUGCCUACCAGUACUUGCCUGGGUCUUCACCCUUCCAUUGCUAUGAUGCCACCAUUCCUCGGAGAGGCAGACACCAGCCCUCUACAGCACAAGUGUAAAAACUGUGUCAACAGUGAGCUUUUAAGUAAAGACCAACUUGGCUCUUGGUGAAGAGUGCACAUUGGACCCUGAAGCAGAGCCGGUUGUCUGCUUAGCUAAAAUGCUCAUGCAUGGCAUCACAGGACCAGGAGGAGAGGGAUUAUCUAGUUUCCAGGUUUCCUUGUCAAAGGGGGCUGCCUGUUGUUAGUUCUGCAAGGAGGAUCCUUCCAGCAUCUAUAAUGGGUUGCAGUACCUAGGGAGCCUGACCAGGCCUUUAGCUGAAAGUACUUCUUGACCCCUCAGAGUCCCUCAGAAGCUGCUAGGUCAUACUCUCUCAGUUCUGUGAUUAGCUCAGAGCGUGACUAUGAAAUCUCACCCUUCCUUGGGAUGACAAAGCAGUUUCCCCACCAAGGACAUAGUAAACCAGAAAGGCAGCUGUUGGAAGAGAACUUCCAGUUGAACUAAUAUGAAAUCCGUUUGCUAAUUGUCAGGUGGGAAAUAAAACUUUUAAAUUAUACAAUGUAAAUGCAUGUUUGUGAUUUCUUGACUGACAUGGAGACCACAGAUAAAACACA